AUGCCGUCAAAAGCUUUUCCACUUGCUCAUUCGUUGGUUCUCCAAUUUUUGGAAUUGAACAAAUAUCAUAAAACUCUGAAUGCUUUUCGGGAAGAAGCAUCAGAAGUCAUUAUAGAGAACAGCGAGGUAUUUCGGCAAUCACCGGAAAAAAAUCUGAUUGAUCUUGUUGAUGAACAUUUGAUUUCUCGUAUGACCGAUCGAUUGGGAAAACUCAGUUUGCAACGGCAAAUUGAGGAGGAAUUAAAUCAAUCAGGCAAUGAAAAUAUUCCGCGUUUCCUGUAUGACACAUUUAAUCAAAUUCACGAUGCAAAUAUUCUUUCGGUACGCACUCAAAACCUUCCAAUCACCAAUUUCCUCGAAGGAGAAAACGAAUACGCCUACUCACAUGUCACCGCAAUUGUCACAGGAUCAGCGGAUAAAAGUAUAAAAUUUACAUCGUUAUUGACGAGGGACACUUUUAAUACUUUACAAGUUCAUAAAUCUCCCGUAUUAUGUGUUGAUUUUCAUCCUGAUUAUCCCACGCUGAUGCUGAGUGGAUCAAUGGAUUCCACAGUGGUGUUGGUGAAUGUUAACACGAAUGAGACUCUUCAGACUUUUAAAGAUCAUUCGAAAUAUGUUAUACAUGCUCGAUUCUCACCUGACGGAUCAAUGUUUGCCACUGCUUCUCAUGAUCACACUGUCAAUUUCUAUAAAAUGCUUCCUCCAUCGACAGUUCCAAAUACUCCAAGAUCUCCUGCAAGUCCUCGAAGCCCAACAUUUAAUAAUCAAAUUGACAUUAAAUACGCUAAAGUUCAUUCAAUGAUAUUCACUGGAAAUGUCGAAGCAUUUUGUUUUCUACCAAAUAAUGAAUCCUUGGUGAUUGGAGUACGCGAAGAUAAUUAUCUACAUUACGUUGAUCUCGUGAAUUUUCAAGACACAAAAUACAAUAUGAAUGAGAAUGGUGACGAAUGGGUUUCUUUCACACCAAUGGACAUUUCUCCGUCACCGCACAACAAUGGAAAAUACUUGCUAGUAUCAACAGACGACGAAACCGGUCGCCAAAUUCUCUUUCUCGUCAAUUCAGACGUUCAAGUGCGAAAUUUUUAUGGCGCACGGGUCAAUAAAUUUUCCACGCCGCGUCAUUGUUGGCAUCCGAGCGGAAAAUACUUUUACGUGACUGACGACACGAAAGGUGACAUUUGUAUAUUUGAUGUAGCAACAGCAAAGAUCAUCGGGAGACUAGAAGGUCAUACAUCGAUAGUAAAAAGUUUAUGGUUUGAUAUAGAACGUGAUCUAUUGAUCUCGUGUGGUUUUGAUAAAACGAUUAGGGUUUGGGGUGUUACUGAUGUUACUCCUGAAGGGUCUAUCGCUUCUUCCGAGAAUGUUUCUGAUACCGAAAAAUAA